AUGGUCGGACAACCUGCUGAAUUGCGAAGAAAAUUAGUCAUUGUUGGCGAUGGUGCCUGUGGCAAGACAUGCUUGCUGAUAGUCUUUUCCAAGGGAACCUUCCCACAAGUUUACCUCCCCACAGUCUUUGAAAACUACGUCUCCGAUGUUGAAGUUGAUGGCCGACACGUCGAGCUUGCCCUUUGGGAUACCGCUGGCCAGGAAGAUUACGAUCGUCUUCGCCCCCUCUCAUACCCUGACUCGAACGUUAUUUUGAUUUGUUUCGCCAUAGAUUCUCCAGACUCGUUGGACAAUGUCCAGGAAAAGUGGAUCUCCGAGGUCCUGCACUUCUGCCAGGGCGUUCCCAUCCUCCUUGUUGGCUGCAAGACUGAUCUUCGCUUUGACCCCAAGACCAUUGAGGAACUCAAGCGAACAUCUCAGCGCCCUGUCACUCCUGAAGAAGGUCAGGCUGUUGCCCAGAAGAUUGGUGCUCUCAAGUACCUUGAAUGCUCGGCAAAGACCCAGGAAGGUGUCAGAGAGGUCUUUGAGCAUGCUACCCGCGCUGCUCUCAUGGUUAAGGACAAGGAGCGCAAGCCUACAAGAAGAUGCCUGAUUUUGUAA